AAGAAAAGGCAAGCCAAACCAAACACUGAGGCUGUCCCUGCCAAUUCCCCUGAGUCUCCUGUUUCCAAAGCAUCUCCUGAGAAAGAAGAGGAGAAAGUUAUUUUGGAGCAAAUCAGUUCCUCGGAAGACAACUGUAAAUUUGCUGGGGAAAAGGAAACUGCUCCGGACAAAGAAAAGAAAAAGAAAAAAUACAAUCAGCUGAAAGACAUCAGACGCACAGAACUCAAGAGAUACUACAGUACUGAUGACAAUCAAAACAAAACCAAUGAAAAGAAAGAGAAGAAAAUGGUUUCUCAGAAACCCCAUGGUACCAUAGAAUACACUGCUGGCAAUCAGGACACCAUAAACAGCAUAGCAUUAAAGUUUAACAUCACCCCAAACAAGCUGGUGGAGCUCAAUAAGCUUUUCACACAGACGAUUGUGCCAGGCCAGAUUCUCUUUGUGCCAGAAACAAGUGCUGCGAGGCUGUCGUCUCUCAGCCCUGGUGCUCCUGUUUCUCCCUCAUCGUCCGAUGCCGAAUACGAUAAACUGCCUGAUGCUGAUUUGGCAAGAAAGGCUCUCAAACCAGUUGAGAGAGUCCUGUCCUCCACUUCAGAAGAGGACGAGCCUGUGGUUGUCAAAUUUUUAAAAAUGAAUUGUCGUUACUUCACAGAUGGGAAGGGUGUAGUUGGAGGAGUCAUGAUAGUAACUCCCAACAAUAUCAUGUUUGACCCACACAAGUCUGAUCCUCUGGUGAUUGAGAAUGGCUGUGAAGAAUAUGGGCUCAUAUGCCCCAUGGAGGAGGUUGUCUCCAUAGCCCUCUACAAUGACAUCUCUCACAUGAAGAUCAAAGACGCCUUGCCAUCUGACAUACCAAAGGAUCUUUGUCCUCUGUACAGGCCAGGAGAAUGGGAAGACCUGUCCUCUGAGAAAGAUAUCAAUCCUUUCAGCAAAUUCAAAUCCCUUAGCAAGGAAAAGAGGCAACAGAAUGGGGAUCCAUCCAUUGCUCUGGGUGCCAAACAGAGAAAGCCUUCAGAUGAGGAAAAGUCUGCUGAUUUUGAAGUUCUUCAGUUAUCUGAGAGUGCAAGGUCAACCAAAUCCAAGUCACUGGAGUUUCCCAACAACAUCACUGCCACUGAACACUUGGAAAAGUUUGCUGCAGAUCCGUGUGCCAAGGAGCCUUCUGGGGAAAAAAACAGUGCAGAAAUCAAAACCAAAGAAAAAUCCCUUUUAAAAGAAGGAGAGGAUAACCUCAUUGAGCUGGAAAAGACAUCAUCUCCUAUGGACAGAGGGUUGGACAGGAAAAUCUCAGUAAUGGAAGGCUUGCUGGCUGACCCCAGGGAGCUGGGGAGAACUAAGCAGCAGGUAACCAAAUCCACUACAGAAGUCCAGGAGCACUUGACAGUUGAUUCCUUGGAAAAAAAGGACAGUGUUGAACCUAAAGCUGACUUAGACUUAGAGCUGUGUGAAAAGCAAGAUGUUAUUCCAGAAGUAAACAAAUGUGUCAGUUCCCCGACAGGUAAGGUGGAGACUGCAUUGGACCCUAAGAAAGAGAUAGAGAAAGAUAAACUUAUUGAAUUUUACCUCAAUAAAGAUGGGAAUGGGUCUCAGUCAUCUGAAGACUUACACAAGGCUGAAAUCCAGAAAGGUGAAAACAAUAAAGCAGUUGGCAUAGACCUUACACUUAGCUGUUCAAAGUCCCAAGCUAAUGAAGUCCAUACAGUUAAAAGUAUGGAGCUUGAUUCCUGCUGUGUUGAAAGGAAAGCACCUUCAUUAGAAAUCAGCUCAGCAGCAGCAGAGGAAAAGGAUCUGAAAGAGUCUGUGGACUCUUCAUUAGUACCAGCUAUAGACAAGACCUGUCAAGAAACACAGUUAGACAAUCAAUCAGAGAUCAGACUGUGGCUGCUGCAGAAAAUUCAAGUGCCAAUUGAAGAUAUGCUUCCUUCAAAAGAGGAGAAGAGCAAGACUCCUCCAAUGUUUCUGUGCAUUAAAGUAGGCAAGCCCAUGAGAAAGUCCUUUGUGUCUCAGAGCACCACCAUGUCUCAGCAGUACAGUAAAAAAAUCAAGCAACCAGAGUACUGGUUUGCUGUUCCUCGAGAAAGGGUGGAUCACUUGUACACGUUUUUUGUUCAGUGGUCACCAGAAAUCUAUGGGAAAGAUGCCAAAGAGCAAGGGUUUGUGGUGGUAGAAAAGGAGGAGCUUGACAUGAUAGACAACUUCUUCAGUGAGCCCACAACUAAAAGCUGGGAGAUCAUCACUGUAGAAGAGGCCAAACGGCGGAAGAGUGUCUGCAGUUACUAUGAAGAGGAAGAUGAUGAUACUUUGCCUGUCUUGAAGCAUCACAGUGCUCUCCUGGAGAAUAUGCACAUAGAGCAGCUGGCCCGGCGCUUGCCCGCGCGGGUGCAGGGCUACCCCUGGCGGCUGGCCUACAGCACCCUGGAGCACGGCACCAGCCUCAAGACUCUCUACCGCAAGUCAGCCUCGCUGGACAGCCCUGUCCUGCUGGUCAUCAAGGACAUGGACAACCAGAUAUUUGGGGCAUAUGCUACACAUCCCUUCAGGUUUAGUGACCAUUAUUAUGGCACUGGUGAAACAUUCCUCUACACAUUCAGUCCAAAUUUCAAGGUAUUCAAGUGGAGUGGGGAGAACACCUACUUCAUCAACGGAGACACCAGCUCUCUGGAGCUUGGAGGUGGAGGCGGGCGGUUUGGCUUGUGGUUAGAUGCAGACCUGUACCACGGGCGCAGCAACUCCUGCAGCACCUUCAACAACGACAUCUUAUCUAAGAAAGAAGAUUUCAUCAUACAGGACGUGGAAGUGUGGACAUUUGAAUGA